CGCCACCUCUCUCUCUCUUUCUCUCAUCAUCUCUGUAUCUGAAUCAAAUUGCCUCGACCGACAACGCGUUUGAAGGAGAGAAUUUAGAAAUUCACCCCUCUCAAAAUUUCGUUGCAUCCUCAAAUCAAUUCCUCCAUCAUCUCUGCGUUGAUCCUCAAUCCAUCAAUCGUUUCCACAAUCUCUUCAUUCCUUUUGCUGCCUUCAAAUCCGAUUUCAAUUUUGGGAAAUAAUGGACGAAUUUGGGGUUUUGGUUGAGAGCAUCGGUUUCAGAGCGCAGGGGAAAUCAGCGCCCAUGGCUAAAUUGAAGCCAAAGCAUAAACCACAAUCCGCACCUCAUAGCCAUACCCCCGCGGCACCGUCGUCGAUCGGCGAUCCUUAUUCUCUACCUGUUGAUCAGCUCGACGGGAUUUUCAGAUCCAAUGCUCCGCAAUCCCGUAAUUUCUUUGUUGAUGAUGAUAUUUUCGGUGGUGGUGGUUCGAACUCGCAGCAAUUUGGGGGAGUUGAUUUGGAAACUGUGCUUUCUGGCUCGAAUGCUCGGAGUAAUUAUAGUACUAACUCGAAGAGUCCUAUAGGUUUUGACGGUUUUGAUGAUUUUUCGGGGUAUAAGCCGAAGCCUGUAGGUAAUGUUGAUGAUCUGUUAGGGAAUUUAGAGCUGAAUUCGAAAACGAAGCUGGAGAAAAAGGGGUCUGGAUUGGAGGAUUUGAUACCGGCAUUAGGAGGAGAAAGCGCUACAAUUAGAGUAUUCUCGGAGACAAAAUCCUUUCCAGCACCAAAUGUUCAUCAAUCUAAGUCGAGCUCAUCUUUGAUUGAUGACCCUUUCUUAGUCUUUGAAUCGGCACCCUCUUGGCCAUUUGGUGGGCCGUCUAACCAAGACAAAGGAAAAGGUUCAGUACAAUCACCUAUUGAUGACUUAGAUGAUUUCCUCAGUGGUGGGACCAAAUCAAAAGUUGCACCUGAUAACAAGCCAAUGUCGGAUGCAAGUAUGAAGGGGUUCGGGAAUACCAGUUAUGUGGAUGAUAUUUUUGGUGGUAGUGAUCCUGUGCAGCAAAAUAAUACCUCAAGAUCAAGCUCUAUGACUCAGAAUUCCCUCUUUGACGACUUUUUCCAUGAAGACAAGAAGCCUGAAGUGAAGCGAGCUCCUCCACAGCCCAAAGUCAACACUAAAGAGGCCUUCCCUGCUAAAAAUACUGGCAACGAUUUUACUUCACUUUUUGGAGAUAUUACAACUUCAUCUGAAGAGUUUUACGAAAUUGAUGGGGAACCUGAAGAUAGACGAAGAGCUAGGCUAAAGCGUCAUAUGAGGACAAAUGAACGCAUGGCUGAAGCACUCGCUGAAAAGAAUCAGCGUGAUCUUGAGAGUCGGUUUGAGCAGGAAGAGAAACGUAGGAUUGCAGAAGUGUUGGAGUAUGACAUAAAGCGAUGGGCUGCUGGAAAAGAAGGCAAUAUACGAGCAUUGCUGUCAUCACUAGAGCAGAUUUUGUGGCCCGAGAGUGGCUGGCGUUCAGUAUCUUUGACAGAUAUGAUCACUUCCAAUUCAGUGAAGAAGGUCUACAAGAAGGCCACCCUAUACGUCCAUCCAGACAAAGUUCAACAAAAAGGAGCAAAUCUCCAACAAAAAUAUAUCGCUGAGAAGGUUUUUGAUAUUCUAAAGGAAGCUUGGAACAAAUUUAGUGCAGAGGAACUGCGAUAAUUUCAUACAGACGAAAAUUUCCUCAAGCUCUCAUGUUCAAAGCUGCUUUUGUCGGGCGGGGAGGAUCAGAUCGAUGUAUUAUGAAUUUAAAAAAUCACAGAGAUGCUUGGUGAAAUCAAUAAUCCAUGAUUCAAGAGGAUGCAAAUUUGUAUAAUUUUCCGUUUGUAAUGGUAUUCUACUCAUUAAAAUGAUAUAUUGUGCAGGAUUUGCUUUAUUGUUUAA